AUGGAUGAGGAAAGUGAAGGGUUAUCGUUUCUUUUCUCCAAACUCUGCGAGAAAUCCUUCAAAAAUGAAGCUAACAUAGGAUGGGAUAUUUACAGGCGUCCACGUUACACGGAUAAAAGGCAAAAGGCUUUAAAAGUUUGCCUCUACGAGACCCUUUUCGAAGAACUUCGAGCUCCUUGGAUUAGUGAGUUAGUUCGCACUGGCGAUAAAGCUGAGAAGAAGGAUGAUUUACGAUUCAAUAUUUAUGAUAAACUGUCGAUCGCUGCAUUCAAAUUGAGGAUAGCUAGGAGGUUUGAUGAUGCGGAGAAAUUGGAUCAUUUCGUUUGUCAGUGGAGGAAUUUGCAAGGUAGGUUUAAAAUUUAAGUCUAAUAUACGAUGUGUGUCCGUAGAUAUAUUUCGACAUCUACGGAGAAAAUUGUGAUCGAGGAAGCAUAAGCUUAUGUUUUGCCCGUAUGAUUAUAUUAGCUGCAGAGGAAACUACUCAGAUAGGAAGAGACUGCAAACAUUUCCCAUAACUGUUUUUAAUUAUUGUUAGCACGUACACUGUAUGUACAACCAUGCAAUUGAAUGGAAUGCAACAAAUUGCUGCGCUUUGCUAUUCAGCUCCUUGAUAUUGGCAUUAAAUGCUAUUUUAUUAAGUGUGCACAGCAGGCCUUCAUGGUUUCAGUGAAGCUGAACUGACAGGAAAAUCCGAAUGAUUUUGAAGGUUCACCUGCAGUAAAUUAGCAACCAACCCAGGGGGAAUGUACAUACAUUUGGCAUUAUUAUUAUUGGUACAUGCCAAAGAAAAUGCAAUAAGUUCCAGCACUAUGAGUCACAUAACAAGUGGGUGCAAGUCCCUUAUUUACUUCGUUAAAAAAGUACUGUGAGACAUGUAAGCAUCAAAUUAUUUUAGAUUUGGGUAUUUUACAAAAUUUUGAAUAUUCAAACAUUAAAACAAUGAUCCCUAUGCAUUUAAUAUAGGGUUAGGUCUCAGAGGUCCAUAGCUGCUUGUGUGCAUCCCCUGUUUCUGUGGCUUGACACAACUAAGAGUUUGUGCACUCUCUCAGGAUGGAUGCCAUUCAUUUCUGGUUAUGCAGUCAAUCAAGCCUCAACAUUUCCCCCCUCCCUGGCAACCCCUGGGAAUUUGAACUUUUGGAGAUUGGUUUGUACUAGUUCCUGCCCCUAAGGCAAAAAUUGUGUUUAAAUGCCCACCCUAAAGGCAAAAUCAGCAAUUAUAACUUUGAAUGCAUUGACCUAGCCUUAAAACAUGAACUCACACACCCCUUUCAAAUUUCCUGUCAAAUGCUUGUAUUUUCCCUUGUAAUAGAGGUUCAAAUUGAGCAGCACAUUACCCCCCCCUCCCCCAGCAUUUCACUAGGCUUCCAUGAUAGUGGACUGGUACCCAUUUAUACUUCAAGGUAGUGCAAGGCAUUGUGAAGUGAAGUUAAAAUGAAGUGUUCUUGGCUAAGAAGACAACACAAUAACAUACUUUGUACUUGACCUACCCCAUGAUAUGCCAUCCAGCAUGCUAUCACUUAACAUUUACUUUGCGUUUCCCAUCUUGUUAAAUUCACUGUGAAAAGUUUUGUUUUCAAACAGAGCCCUCAAGCAGUGCCAUUAAAUUUAACAGCACAAAAGAGACAAAUGCAACUGAGAAGGAAGCUGUGUUGAGAUUUCUUGUUGCAUUGACGGGAACAGGGCAUUAUGGACCAACAUCAGUGCUGGGUUAUCAGGAUGAUGUCUGGGCCAGAGGACUUAAUCAGGUGAAGAAGCCAUAAAAUUGAUUUGAAGAUUAACCCUUUAACCCUCUAAGAGUGACAAACCUCUAUUUUCUCCUUACAAUGUCACCCCUGAAUCAAACAUUAAGAUCUCAAGAAUAUAGGAAAUGAUCACCAACUAAGGAAGCUCCUGAUUGUUAAACAAAUUCUCCUUGUCAGCACCUUGGGAGAUGUAUUGAUAAAAGUGUGGAGAAAAUGAUAUUUUAAGGGUGGAAAGGGGGGGGGGACUCAGGAGGGAUAGGGGAGAGGGGAGGGGGAGGUGAGAAAAUCAUAGUGGAAGAGCAUCACAGUGCUGAGUCCUAAGGUCUGAGGUCUGAUUACUAUCAGGAAAUCUGCAUUUUUUCUCUUCUCUGUGUUUGUGACAAGGCUAAAAUACCUUUUUAAUUUUGUUAUCAAGCUUAAAAUUUGCCACAUUUCUCUUUCUUUCCAUCGACUCACAUAACACUUUUGACAUUGCUGGUCCCAAUGAUGUGGGAAGGGCAGGUAACAUGCGAACUUGAUUCAUAGCCUAGUUCAUCAUGGAGUCUCUGACUGGCUAAGUGAUAGAGCAUUGGUGUGCUGCAUGCAGCUAUCUGAGAUUUGAUUCUCCAACAUGUAAACUGAGAAUCUUUUUUCUGUCUCAUGCUCAUGACAAGGUAACAAAAAACAUAGGUAUUUGUUUAAAUAAUUAUUAGUUUGUGCUUUUUAGAUCCAAAAGACUUCUCUUCCUGAGGGACCUCUUCUUGUUACAGACAGUCAGCUUCUGAGACAACAAGGAUUAGAAUUUGAUCACUACGUCCAUUACUCAAGGUCUGUGGCAGUGCAGUAAACUUUACUUUUUAUGCAGUGACUGAUAAAAACAUUAGUUUUGGUUCUGGUUGGCAUAGCCUGUACAUAUUUUUGGACAAUUUGAAUAUCUAGAGAAACUGUAUAUGGUGUAAAAACCACUCUCCAAGCUCUGCCUGUUUUGGUCACCAUUGUGAGAAGAAAAGGACUUUGGUGUCUUCAUCUUAACCAUUAAACUCUCAGAACUGAUAGUCAUGUAACUUCUCCCUAUAAUAUCCAUAUGUAUUAUCCUGCAAACAGGUAAUGAGAAAACUCCAACUUAUCAGGUAGAAAUUGUUAUCUUGAUCUUACACUAAAUUCUCAUAACUAAUUUACAAGAAAAUGUGUAACAGUAAUAAAGAGAACUUGGGAGUUAAAGGGUUAACAAGCUGUGCAAUUUAAUGCAUAGAUUCCACAUUGUCAUGCAUCCUUCAAUAAUAGAUCACAGAUGAUAACUAAAUUUGGUAAAGACAAAAAAUGUGGCUCACGAGGUGCAGAGUGUGUCACUGAUGUUCUGGCCACAUUGUGAUGUCUUCAGUAAUUGAUUACAUCACAGACCCACAGCAACAUGGAAUCUAUUUGUUUCAUAUGAUUGCAAAAAGCAAAAUGUUUUUAAUGGUGAUAUCAUCUAUAGAUGCAUCUUUCCUCAAAAAGAUCAUAAGUAAGAACCAUUUAAAAUGUGUGUAAUUGAGCUGGUGAUGUAGACAAAGAAAAUUUAAAAUGGUGAUAGGACUGAGUAGAGUCCAUUUUAGUCUGUAAUCAUACGAGUGAUAUACAUUUAAUUGGAUGACCAGCAGUCUGAUUUGUUAAUCACAAAUAUGAUUGCAGGCAGAAUUGAAAGACGUAAAGUCCUGUUACCAAUUGAUCAAAACUAUGACAAUAUUUGAGAAAGAAACUAAACAUUAGUUAUAGGUUUUCAUAAACAAAACAACAAAAGAAAACAACAGUUAACUCAGGGAAAUGCAAGACAACAGUGCGCACACAUGACACAUUCUGUACACUUGAGUUGAACUUGUGGCAACCGAGAACAAAUCCAGUGAGUGGCAGGGCAGAGCACUUGAACCCAGGACCACCAAAUUACGAGUCCAGCACCCUAAAUCCUCAGCCACACUGCCUCCUUUUGAAGUGAAGUGUUGUCAGAGACAGCAAACACAUUCAAUCAUUUUGGAAAGUGACGAAAAAGAAUAACAUUUUUCAAUUGAUGUUUUCCUCUGCACCUCUGUUUUGCCAGCUUAAAGUCCCUAAUAUCUAAAUAACAGUAGGUUUUAUUUUAUCUUUGAUGUUAAACAGGGAGUUGUUUGAAUGUCCUCCGGUCCUCUCAGUUCCAGGAACUGAUGGAUCAACAGGCAAACGGCAUGCUGAACUGCAGGUGAGUAUAGUUUAUUGUUGAGUAUCGUUUAUUGUUUACAAAAUUAAUACAAUCGAUUUUGAAAAAGGUUGCCUACAGAGUAGAAUUCAAACCACAGGUUGUUGAGGAAGUACAAAAAGCUGUAACUGCAAUUAUCGAUGGUAUCUUUAUUUAUUUAUAUAUUUUCUUUCUAGAUCUUUGAGGAAAUGCCAGGGACAUUUCCUGGAAAAGCACUCUUCUUGCCUUGUCAGGUAAGAUGCUUGUGGUUUUUAAACACUGUACUUACAGAAUUUUUUUAUAUAUAGAAAAAAAAAUCCAUAUUGAAACAUAAGAAUAAACUAUGUUACUGGAUAACAAAACUUCAAGAGGGUUAAUUGUCACCUUUCAGCCCAUUUUCUCUCGUCUCAAAUGUGCUGUUUCACUAAACCCUGUAAACUCUGAGAGUGACUAACAUAUACAUUUAAUUUUUCUUCACAAUAUUACCCCAAAAUCAAACAUAACUGUCACAAAAAUACAUGUAUGAUUUCAAACUUAGGAAGCUCCUGGUUGUCAAAUUCUCCUUGUCAGUACCAAAGGGAAUUUCUGAAGAUUGGUAUGGAGAAUAUACAUACUGAUGUAAAGGGUGUAAGGGGUUGAAAGGAAAGUAAGUGCUUGCCUUAUCCAAGGGUCCCUACUGUCCAGCCAGCACCCCCCUCCUUCCUCCACUCCCCCUCUAGAUAAAACUGCACCCAUAUUGAUGGGAAAAAUAGUGCAUUUCAUCUGAAGUUUUAUGUUAUUAUUUAGGGUAUGGUAGCUCAUUACUUUUAAUCUUCUCUUUUUAAUCAUUUUUUCAGGAUGGCAAUGAAGACCUGUAUGAAAAGAAUGAGCGUUCUUCAUUAUUUAGUGCACUUGUUCACAGCCACACUGAUGACCUGCAUGUGAAGCUGGAUUUACCUGACAUUCCUAGCAGUUCCAGGUAAACUGACAAAUUAUUGUGAACUCCCAAGAAUGCAGGAUGAAGGUAUGAAGGUAUGGGGGACGUAGGGGGAAGGGGGGGGUUUUGAGGAUAGUGCAUGGUGGGGUGAGGGGUGGGGGGCAUUCUUACUACUACCCUUUAUUGGGUCCAUUCUAAAAUGAUAUCUAUGACUGAGAUAUUUUGAAUUUGUUUUUGUACAGGACUCUUCAUUCCUUAGCCCUGGAACAGAGAGAGGUUAGUUUAUUGCUUAAAAAGUUGCAACAUUACUAAACAUGUAAUUUCUGUAGAAUUUUAAGCAGAUUCAAAAAUUGUAAUCCGCUAGUUGUCAAAAUUCAACCAAAUCAACCCUAUUGCGGUCUGAAAUUAACUUUGAGUAUUGUUUACUAACUGUCAAAUGGAAAAAUCUGGUGACUAGAGGUUUUGAUGUAUUAGCAAGUUUUGAUUUGUAUGAUUUUUACUUCAUAGUCAAAUACAAAAAUGAUAGUUCUAAUGCGGUUUCUUUAACAAAAAUUUAUUUUGGGGUCAAGUAGUCUACCUCACUUUCCUUUUUAAACUUAGCCUAUUUUCACUGGAGGAUGAAAACCUCAGCAAGACAAACUUAGGUAUAUGUAGGAUGAGAAUCCUCCUUGAAACCAAGCCUGAAUUUUUUCAAAAAUGAACUUUUUGAGCUUUGGGUUAGAGAACUGGAAAGAGACCUAGUAAAUCAACUGCUGCUGGUGAAGCCCAACAUUCUUUUUGCCAACAAUAUAUUUUCAGUCACAUAGGCAACCCAGUGGUUGUAGUUCUGGAUCCUGACUACUUGUCACCCCAAAGGUGAUGCAUCCCUGUAAAAAAAAAAAAAAAAAAAAAAAAUCUAUUAAAUACCUCCUACAAACCAAGUUCAAGGGCCAUACUGUAAGCUAUAGACCAAGUUUUUUCUGUUUUAUGGCUCAAAGGUGAAUCAUGCAGGCCAUAAAUUGUAACUGAAAAAAGCAAGUUUCUGUAACUUUAGGUAUGGACUCAGAAAACAAGGUUAGUAGGAUAUUUAUUAUCUCUUCGGAUUCAAAUAGAAAGGGAAAUACAGACCGAGAGAUAUAACAAUGACAAUUUUAUUUCUUCUAUUUAGAGUGCAGAUGAUGAAGGGUUUGAGUCUUUAGAGACAAGCUCUGAAUCUUCUCACACCUCAGAGCAAUCCACUCAAGAAAAUACUGAUGUCUGGUCUGCAGCUUUGACAUUGCCACCGCAAAAGUUUUAUACCUGGGAAAUGGAAGGAAAGUAAGUUUUUCCUCAGUCUUCUCUCUAUUAUAACCUCUUAUGCCUGACUGUGAAGUUCAAUAUUCAUUCUGCAAAUGCAUGUGAACCAUUUAUGCCAUAAAAUCAGUAUGUGUAUUCUCCAAACUGUUCUUUAAUCAUUUCCUAAGAUACUGACAUGGAGAAUUUGUGGAACAAUCAAGAGCUUCUGUAGUGGGUGAUUAGUUUCUUUAUUCUCCUGACCUUAAUUUGUUAUUCAGGGGUGAUAUGUUAAGGAGAAAUUAGAUGCCAGUCACUCUUAGGGAUUAAAGGGUUAACCCUAUAACUCCCAGAAGCGAUAGACAUGCACACUGUGACUCAAACUUACUCAAACUUGGUUAUACAAGUUGUUUUCUUGAUCUACCACCAAAUUUGUGUGAUUUAUAUGGAAAUAUGCAGCUGCUAGAGGAGAGAAUUAACAGUCAGAUCUUGGGAGAGAAAGGGUUGAAUGCAUGUUAGCAGCAAUCAUUCUCAAAGUUCCUCUUUUUAUAAUGCUUUUGUUUUCCAUUUGACUCUAAAUUUGGCUAAUUGUGGGAACACUUAUCUGCAUGCCGGGGUACAGAGCUGCUUGUAUCUCUAGAAGUCAAGGGGUUAGAAAUUCAAACAGUGGCAGAAUUACUGUGUUCCAUUCUUGGGUGGGGUGCUCCUUGAGUGUGACUGGCUUCUAAUUUCACCUAACAGUAUCAACCUUGAAUCAAAUGUGAAUGUCAUGAGAAUCAUGGAAAUGAUCACCAAUUUAAGAAGCUUAUGAUUGUCCAACAAAUAACCUUAUCAUUUCCACAGGAAAAGCAAAGAGAUGAAGAAGGAAAAUACAAAAACUAUUGUUAGGCUGUAAAAGCGUAUCAGUUAUCCUAUCCACUCCUGAGAGUGACUAAUGAGUAAAUUCUCCUCACAGUAACAAUUCAUAGUUAGCCGAGAAGUUGAUGAGAAGAAAGGAAAUGAUCAUGAAGGGGAUAUCAAUUGAUUUAACCCUUUACACCUCAGCAUCAGUAUGCAUAUUCUCCAUACUGUUCUCUAUACAUUUCCCAAUGUGCUGGCAAGGAGAAUUUGUUUAACAAUCAUGAGGUUCUUCAGUGAAUUAUUAUUUCCUUUCUCCUCAUGACCUUAAUGUUUGAUUCAUGGGCGAUGUUGAAAUAAGAAAUUAGAUGCUGGUCACUCUUAGGGAUUAAAGUGUUAAUGAAAAAUUCUUAGAGCUCCAGUUAUAAGAAAUGUAAAGAAGGCAGAGAUGAAAAUUACUAUUGAGAUCUUGGGACUGAAAGGGCUAAUUCUACAGAGAUCUGGAAGAGAUGCAAGUAGUGUUAGAAUUUACAUUUUUUUUUCUCAUUUUGUUUUUCAGACGGGAACUUUUAAAUGAAAAACCUUACCUUACAGAAGCUGGUGCUUCUGUGUUUGAUUCACUGUAUGAUACAGUUAUUCGUCAAGUCUCCUACAUUGUGAAGUCUCCAACUUUAAGCCCCAAUAUGGUUCCCUUACAAGCCCUGAUCAAGGAUUCCAUUAAUGUACUUAUUGGAGUUCCUUCUAGAACAUUUCAUCUUGAUAAGGUACAAUAUUUGACUCGUAAAAUAAAACAACUGUAAUUAAUUUUAGUGAUUGUGGUGUGGAUGUCAUUGUUUACUACUCACAACCUGUAUGAAAGUAAGUGAGGAUUAUUUUAGGAAAGAUGAUUCAGCUUUUUGUGUUCAGAUAUGUUGAAAUGUAAUUAUUAUAGUUAGAGUCAUUUCUUUGAUGUCUAAAACUUCCUUGAACACAAGGAAAUCCAGGUCUCUCUCACUUUACCGGCCUUUGCAAAGAACGGCGGUAAAUGACAAACUGGAUUAUUUUUGGCUAAAUUUUUCAAGAUGCCUAAACUCAGAUGCAACUAUGUGGAACAAAGAGUGCCUCUAAAUGACAAAUUGAAUGAUUUUUAGCUAAAUUUUUCAAGAUGCCUAAAUUCAGAUGCAACUAUGUGAAAUGCAAAAAAUGUUGUAAUUUGUUUAUUUCUUGUUUGACAGGCUAUACAGUCCUUUAUUGUCAGUGAUCAGGUCCGUCUUUCUGGGACUUCACCUGAGAUGCUGCGCAACGUCUUAGCACGGCUGGCAGCGAUGGGAACAGAUUACAUCCAGCUUAACAAGUUUGCAACACAUCACCGUGGCCACUCAGCCGGUUUGGUUUUGCAGGCUUUCCUUGGAGCUCUUCAAAAUUAUUUACAAUGCUACAGAGCAACAGUGUUAUCUGUAGAUGGUUUGUAUGGAAUUGCUAUGCCUUAAAUUAUCAAUUACAAACUACAGUUGAACUUGUAUUAAGCGGUCAACUAUGGAGAAUGACAGAGUGAUUAUUUAUUACAGGUUGACCGCUAAAUACGAUCCAACAGAUUAGGAGUAUUACUGAAAACGUUAAACAACGCAAAUUUGUGUCAUAAUUGACGCUAAAUGUACAGAAUCUUGACCAAAAAAACUACUUACUUUGAUUUUGGGAGAAAAACAUGGAUUAAAAAUUAUGUGAAAGAUUAUUCUUUGUAUUGCUUGAGUGGUCCUGCUUUCAGUGACCGCUCAAUACAGGCGGGGAACAACGAAACUUAGUAAAGGGUGACCAUUACUGCAUAAUAAAGGUGACCACUUAAUAGAGGUGAAAAUUACAGUGUGUGAGUGGAAACAAAUUCAUGAAUUCGACAACUAACGGCUUAAUACUUAGAGACGGCUUAAUACAUUGCUACUUAAUGCAGGUCUGACUGUAUUUAUUAAUAUGGGUAUGAAACAAAAAAAAUUAACUGACUGGGUAUGAAUGGUCAUAGCUGGGUGCAAAUGGGCUGAGUAAGAAACAUCUGUGGGUGCAAAACGACUGGUAAGCAAGAGAGGCUCCUGCCCCUUUUUUUCAACCUAACAAGGUGAAGAUGUUGUUUUGUCUUUGUCAUGUUGCGACAGUUUUACUUACUCAAAAGCAUAGAUAACGUUUUGGAAAAAUACCAAACAGUGAACCAAGAACACUUUCAAAAUGAGAUUAUCAGUGAGCUGCUUCUGGAAGUAGACUUCCUACUUCUGAAUGAUUUAACGGUCAAGAUGGCUUUUAGGAAUAUUGUUUUUAAUUGAUUUUACAGUUUCCUCCGUGCAAAGUCCCAUGAUGCUGUCAUUUGCAUUUGAAAAUCUAGGAAGGCAGCUAAGGUAAAUAAACUUAAGGUAGAAAAAGAUAACAAAAAUGAAAUAUUUAAUUGCUGAAAAUGGCUCAGAUAGAUCUUAUGGAGAACUUUGGAACCAGGAAAAUAAAUUUCGUACAUCGUGAGACAAACGAAAAACUUAGCUUUUAUAGGAAAAUAAAUGCUUGGUCUAACAAGCUGACACCUCCAAUGAGCAAAUAUUAACUGCUUCCUUCAUGUUUCGCUCUGUUUCGCUUGUGUUUCCCAUCUACUCCAGAUUUGAUAAAUAGCAUGACAAAGUUUCAAUAAGAGAAUUCUAAGUGAUUGAGCAACAGUUGUUGUUUUUUGUUCUUUCAUCCCUCUAAUUAAUUUUUGUGUUGAGCAACCUUGCUUUUACAUAGGAUGACUCUCAUUACGGAGUGCAGAAAAUGCAUUUAUGGAGACUACACUUUUUAUGAAAAUAGGAAUGCCUCAUGCCCCCCCUAGUAGCUUGCUCUCAUUCCUGUCUAGUCCUGAACAGUCUUGAACCUUUGUUAUGUGUUCUGAUUCAUUUUUAAAAUCCUGUCCCAUGGAGAGAAUUUGUUUCUCUUGAGUAGUAUGCGUCCUGAGCGAUGGGAUCUUAAAUAGUUAAAUAUGCGGUUCUCUGUCUUUUGUUGCAUGUUGCAGGUUUCUUGCCGAUGUCUGCAUGUGUUCGGAAGCUUUCAAGAAAGCUCCAGAAGAUCCUAAACCAAAAUUCCCCACGGUAAGUUAAUCAAUUUUGAAAACGUUUGCGCUUUAGCUAAUAAAGGAACUUUUAGGUAGACAUAACUGAGUUGUAGCAGUUCCAUUUGUAAAGAAAGAUGUUUUUCGUCUAGUUACGAGCGUGGGACAAAGGCAAAAUUUUGAGUUCCCAUGAGGAAUUUAACCUCAGACCUUCAGAUUCCGCGCUCUGAUGCUCGACCACUGAGCCACAGAGACUUUACGGCGAGCGAGGUCUAUUACGAAGUUCAUAUAUGACACGCGUCCUGCAUACUGCUAGGAUCAGCGAUGUCGGUAGCGUCAUGUUUGUAAAUAGAAUAAGAAAGAUGGGAAAAAUGAGAAAAAAGAGAAAUAUGUUCUUCGUUUUGUCACGAGCGUGGGACAAAGAGUUUUUUUUACAUUCUUUUUAAAGGUAUGGUACCAUUCUUGACGGCAGUUACCCUGCCCAUGUUUUGUUUCUGCUGCUUACUCCAGCCGUCUUUUUUUCAAUCCAGGGCGUGAAAUUGCGCCUAAUACAGGCGCCAAUGCGACUAAAUUUUUCACUUUGGCGACCAAAUCCUGAAAGUUAGUCGCCAAAUUGGCGACUAGAACGUUUCAUCAUAACCUUACCAAGAGAUAUCGUGAAUUAAAAAGAUUUGCAAAGAUAAAUCCGCGGCAAACUUCCUUAUUAAGUUUGUUUCUAAAACGUAGCACGUACUUCUCGAUCGACAACUAGACGCCAUCUUGGAUUUAGAUGAGCCUGAAGGUUGUAUAUCAUCCAUCCUAGUGUCCGCUUUGUAGCACGUUAAAGAUCUUUUCCCUAACUUAAUUUUGGAGGGUCUAUCUAGAACGCUGACAGCAUAAAGAAAGAUUUUGUUUUUCUUUGAAAAUGGCGACCAACUUUUUUUGAAUUGGCUACCACUUUGAAGAAUUUAGGAGCCAAGUGGCUAUCAGAAAAAAAAGUUAAUUUCACGCCCUGCAAUCUAUUUAAAACUAAGUUAAAAUGUAGUUACUUACAGCUGAUUAUAUUUUGAUCUAAAUUUCACUUACGCUCAUUUUUGUAUUGAUCCAAUCCUCAGGGUGUCAGACUCUUAACAUACUUAUACCAGCUUUGCUUAGAGCACUCUAGUUCUCAGUCCUACUCCAUCCUGCUGUCUCUUCUCAAACACAGUGUGCAGCCAUACAUCAUGUAAGUUGUUAAACCUUUCACAGCCAAUAAUUAUUGGUAUGCAGUUUCUCCUAACGUUUUUGAUACAUAUUAAAACCAACAGGUUUGGAGAGGGAGAAUGUUAUCAGCUUUGUCCUGAGAUCGUGAUCUAACAUCAUAUUCUCUUCAUUAUUUAGCAAAGAAUUGUGGGAUAUGGGCCUAAGAGCGAAAGGGUUUCUUGGGCUCACUGUGCCGCAAGCUGGUUUUGUAGGAAAAAGAGUAUUUGGGGUUACUGUGUCACUCAGAAGUUCAGUGUUCGGGGACUGUUGUCUGUUCGGGGACUGUUGUCUUGUUUGUCUUGAUGUGAGAGAUAGUUUAGAUGAAACAGGAUUUCUAGGUCAAUUUUUUGCUGAUUUAGAAAAGCAAGAAAAAGCUCAUGGAGGAACUGGAUAUCCUGUCAUUUUGUGAUUUCAAGUAAAGCGCUUUUCGAUUGAGAGUCGUUAAACCCAAACCGAAAUAAUCCCAAAAAUGCCUUUAAAAGCCAUGAAGACUCUGAGUUAAAACAACCAAACUGCUUAAAGCGCGGGGAAACGCGGGUGCCCAAUUUGUAUUGGUUAUAGUUUGAAUCUGAUUGGUUUAGAGAGUAACGCAAGUUUUCUAGGCCAAUCACAGAGCGAAGUAAAGCAAAACCAAUGCAAUCCCGUAUAACUUUCGACACUCUAUUGAAAAAUUUUCUAACACAAGGAAGGUUAUGAAACUCAUAAUUUUGACUAGUGGAGAUUUCAAAUGAAGGAAGAGUGCUCACUGGUAACCUUUAAAAGUGCGGAAAUAGAAUCCUGAAAAUUUCGCAGAUAGAUGCGGGGCAAAUUUUUCAGGUCUCUUUGUCGAAUUUCAGUUCUAAAUGACCAUCAAGUGAUUAUAAAGCUAUUCUCCGAUUCUGGAGACAAGGAAACAACAGAUCAAUUUUGUGUUGUGCUUUUUAAUUCUUGUAUUCGUCCAUCCUUUUAGAUUCAUUCAAACAUGGGUUUUUAAGGGGAUUUGCAAUGAUAUGUUUGGCGAGUUCAUGAUUGAAAUGGAUGAACAAUACUUAGCCUACAGAGGUGAGAGUAUUUUAUUCUGUUCAAGGUAGAUCUUUCUUCGCUCCUUCGCUCCUUCGCUCCUUCGUUCCUUCGUUCCCUUCGUUCCUCCGUUCCUUCGUUCCUUCGUUCCUACGCUCCUUCGUUCUUUCGUUCCUUCGUUCCUUCGUUCCUUCGUUCCUUCGUUCCUUCGUUCCUUCGUUCCUUCGUUCCUUCGUUCCUUCGUUCCUUCGUUCCUUCGUUCCUUCGUUCCUUCGUUCCUUCGUUCCUUCGUUCCUUCGUUCCUUCGUUCCUUCGUUCCUUCGUUCCUUCGUUCCUUCGUUCCUUCGUUCCUUCGUUCCUUCGUUCCUUCGUUCCUUCGUUCCUUCGUUCCUUCGUUCCUUCCUUCCUUCCUUCCUUCCUUCCUUCGUUCCUUCCUUCCUUCGUUCCUUCGUUCCUUCGUUCCUUCGUUCCUUCGUUCCUUCGUUCCUUCGUUCCUUCGUUCCUUCGUUCCUUCGUUCCCUGGUUCCUUCGUUUUUUUGUAACUUCGUGCCUUCGUGCCUUCGUGCCUUCAUUCCUUUCUUGCAUGUGCUCGUUCUUUUCUUGAUGUAUGGAUUCUCUCCGCGCGUCAUUAAUUUUCCUCGACAAUGCAAAAUCUUGGGAUUCUUGAUUCACUUCCGGUUUUCAAACUCAAGUUAUUUCAUUCACUUUAUUUCCUCAGAUAAACACUUUUGGACGCAAGGAUUUAUAAUGGUCGGUCGUGACAAACUUGACUGCGUGCCUCUGUUUCUGGGUGAACUUGCAGAUGACAUUUUUGUUUGUGGAAAAACAAUUAAUUUGUUAAAACUUUGCUGCCCAGGGGUGAGUGUCGUCUUAAGUUCUUCAUUUUACAACGUAUUCCUAAGAUGUAUAUUCUUCAUACUGUUCUCCAAACAUUUCCUAAGAUGCUGACAAGGAGAAUUUGUGUAACAAUCGAGAGAUUCUCUAGUUGGUGAUCAUUGCCUUUAUUCUCGUGACCUUUAUGUGAUAUUGAGGCGUUAUAUUGUAAGGAGAAUUUAAAUGUACGUCGCUAGUGGGGUCCAAUGGGUUAAACGUCGGGACGCGGUUAAGGAUAUUUGAGAUACUUUUUUUUGAUAAGAUGUUUUUUCAUGUCAUUAAUGGUAUGUCGUUUUUUUCCUUUUUUUUUUUUUUUUUUUUUCAGCACUAUUUAUGUGAUCCAGGAAUUCCCCUUCCUAAAAUGGGGGUGACAUUUUCAAUGCAACGACUUAGUAGAAUAGAGGCGGAAUGCCAACACUACAUGAGUGAGAUACAAAGAAUGCAUCGGCAACUUCAAGAGCAACGAGAAAAUGAGGUAAACAGUAGAAAUGGUCAUAGUUUUUUUUUGGCACCUGGAUUUGGUGCAAGUGCGCGUCAAGGACGCACUUAUUGGCUGAAAAUACAAAAAAAUGUAAAACGGCACAAAGAACACGUUUUUGUUCACAUAUGGUUUGGGUGUCAGUCUAUUUCACUACUGAUUUAAUUCAAACCGGAGUAGAUCUGCGAAGAACUAUUUUCAGAAUGAAAGUAGCUUUUGUUAUUUUCGUUAAGUUCUUUGACGCCUUCUUUAAAACCUUAAAACGUGGAAGUAUUGGAAUCCCUUACCACAACACUGUGCAGCGCAAUAGGUCAUGGAACGAAAUAUUAGAUGGUUUUCCCCCAAUUUCAAACAAUACUAAGCGUGGAUCCUUCUACUUUUUUCUGGGAUUCUUAAACAUAGGUUGAAGGAGUCGUAGGAACUCCCAGAGUAAAAUUUUGAGGGAGAACCUUAAUUCUCCCUGCCCCACCCCCUCCCCCCCCCCCCAAAAAAAAGUAAAGAAGUAUUUUGUAAGCGAUGAAGUCAUUUAUAAUAGUCUAAUUUCGAAAUGGUUCUCUCAUUUUAUCAGAGGAAAGUCAUUGAGGACGAAAGAGAACGUGAAAUUGUUGAAGAACGUGAAAGGGCUGCAAAAGCCUUAGCGGAGAUAACAGGUUGGUUUUUAUAAAGCUAGAUUUGUUCUGUACUGCGACACGAGCGUUUCUAAGCCCGUGAGAAAGUCUGAGUCUUUGGGUAAAGAGGGCUGGCGAGAAUUCGGCGAGGUGUCUGGCAUUAAUCUUUAUUAGUGCCAGACCUUCGGUAAACCUCUCGGUGACUCGUCUCUAAUCUUCCCGCGGGUGGAGAAAUGCGCAUGCAGCAAAGCUUAUAAGGGCAUCCUCCAGGCGGCCUCCCUUGAGAGGAGCUGAUGGCUAUCAACGCUUUUUUCUCAAUAGAGCUUAUUCAAAAGGCUAAAGAAGCAGUCGAGCAGAAGAAGCGAGAAGACUUAAAGAUGUUAAAAGAACAAAUGGAAGAGGCGUUUAAGGUUUGUUGACUCCGAUCAAAUUUAAAGUUUUCUUCAGGAAAUCGAGUCAAUCUUGCUUGUAAUGAUAAUUAUAAGAAGUCCUUUACUGAACACGUCUAGUGUAGGAGAACAAAUAGCCUGGGAAGAGUUUCUAGAGCUUUUAGCAAAUUUUGGAAAUCUUCCGCGAAAAUACAGACUUCUCCCUGAUCUGAUUGGUGUGGCGCCAUGAAAGACAUAACUAAGGGGGUGGGUGGGGUGAUCCCUUUAGUUGUUAAGGUGCAGAUCCCCUUCAUCUCUUGAAUUCCUUUCGUGCCAGACCCCUCGCAGACCUUGCACGCUCACAUCGCUUGCCUGCUUGAAUCUCGCGGGCCAGAGUUUCGUGCCUAUUGGCUCAUCUGCCGUCGAUUACUCAUACUACUUUUUAUGCUAAAUCUGCACCCUCACUAAGUUAAGGUUACUAAACCAAACGGAGCACAGGCAGUAACUUUCCAAAAUUUUGUUGCCUCUAACAGCAUAAGGCCUUGGCGAGAGAAGAGGAGAGGGAGGAGGACAUUAAACGUUUAAAAGCAGCGAAAGACAAGGAGGUCACUACUGCAACAGUUGAAGAAGAGAUGAAGAACAAAGCAAGGUAUUGAGGGCUCCAUAUCUUUUCUGUUUUCCAAAGUGUCCUCGCGGAGUAGUGUUUCUGUCGUGUCGAUUUGGAGCUAAGUGGUCGUCACUGUGAGCUCUUGUAGUGCGUGGAGUGUGCUACAGCCAGUUGGAUUACAGGCGCUUUUUCUUAGCCUAUUAGAAAACAUAGUUUUGGUUUGAGUCACGUGAUUUUCCCGCGCGUGGCACCAUUCGUACUCUAUUUCUCGCCCUUGGUAUGAUCGUGGCGGUUGAUAAGAUUUCCGUGUUUGCAACUAGUUCCUUUGGUGUCAAGAUGCAAAUUGCACGAAGUCGGUUUCCUUAAGAGCUCACUAGAGUGGAGGUGAAUUCUCUGAGUUCCUACAAAAUUCGAAUUUUUAAAUUUCUUUCGCAGGGAAGAGCUCAUCAAGUACUAUGAGGAACUCAGCCGUGAGGUGGAGUACCGAGAGUUUCGUGCCCAAUGGCACAUCCGCCGUUGGUUACUCGACCCUGCUAGAGCCCAGUUCUUUGUGCAGGAGCAGGCUCGGUUAGACAGCUUACAGGAGCAGAUGACACAAGCGUCUGGUACCCAGACUUCUGGUGAAAUAACGGAUGAAAGCGACGAACGGCGUGAGAAACGACUCGAAGAAAAGUCUGUUUCCAAGGAAGAAAGAGCUUCCACUCCAAUUUCGGCUCCGAGUCCAAGCCUUGUGUCACUUAUAGCCAGUGGCGUAAAAACAGAUGCCUUGGUUAGAGCAGGGCACACGAACUUAGGCGAAAGCACGCAGUUCGAUAGGGAGGCUGGAUCGCACUCGGAGGAAUCUGCUUCGGAAAACAGAGUCAGAAGGACUUGGGACAGCCCUGCCGAGAGUGUUGCCGAGCUUGGGAAGAUGACUGAAGCAGGUUCGGGCAGAAAGACUUGGGAAGCCCCACCCGAUGGUGAGGUGAAGAUAGCAUCUUCUCUUCCCAAGAGCCAUCCCUCCGAUUCCUCCAUACAGUUUGCCAUGUAUAGCGACAAACGUAAGACUAACGAAGAAAGCGAGACGCCAGAUUAUGGUUUACACGAUCGCAAUUUAAAAACCAGCACUCCUCACGUUGGUGAUUCAUCUUUGCAAAACGUUUUGUAUCCCAAUACUCCCUCAAACUCGACAUUAGGCCUGGAUGCUGAGUCUGUGACCAUGGUAACCCGGCCUUCAGCUGUGAACGUGCGUGGCCUUGUUUCUAGUCAUCCCUCAGAUUCUUCAGCCCAAGACGUUCUAUACGGCAGCGCAAUGGGAGCGGCGUCUGAGGUUCGAACGCCGUCUGCACAAGGACAUCCAUCCGAUUCCACUGCCCAGUACCUUCUAAACACUAGCGGUACCCAGGAAGGAACCAUUUCUGAAGCUCGUUCUUCGGAACAUGGACACCCCAGUGACUCAUCUGUAAGCGGGUUGUUGUACCCCGAUACUCUGGACACACCCAAUUCACAGACCCAUUCUUACUCCCAACAUGGGCACCCCUCAGAUUCCCAGGUGACUUUUUCUCACGGGGACAGUACAGCCCAAGUUAUCCAGCGCAGUUCCAGACAAAAUUGGCAACACCCUUCCGACGCCUCAAUUCAGAAGCUUUUAGGAGACAUCGAUGUUUUGGGUGACAGCCAAAAUACGACCCGUGGUACCCCUCCCUCGAGCGUGGUUCAAGAUAUUCUCUAUCCUAAACCUGAUGGACAAUCAACACCUGCUCAGGAUAUCUUGUACCCAAGAGAGGGAGAGUCAGAACAAUCAAAUAGACCGGUGCACACUCGUGGAGCCCCUCCCCAAAGUGUUAUUCAGGACAUAUUGUAUCCAAGUGGGGAGGGGGCAGUAGGAGAGGGAACGAGGUUGUCGACGCGUGGCCAGGAGCCUGUUGGGAAGAUAAAGAAUAUUUUGUAUUACGUUAAAGAGAAAGAAGGUGAGUCAGAAACGAUCUUGUGACCAAUUUUUUGUUUCGUCUUUGAGGAAUAUCUCAGCUUUGUAAGGGAAAAUGUGAGAUGUAUUUCUAUCAAAGCUGUUAGAGUGGAAUUUUCUCACCCCUCUCUUUGACAUUUUCUUAUUUCUUAGCGAACGAUCCCGAAUUGUGUCAUUUACAUGUGUGUAGGUACACUGGUGAAAAUCUGAAAUCUGAUCUAAACAAUGUUUCCCCUUACAUGACUACCCUCUUGCAUGAAUACUUUCUUACAACCAGCUUGUUACUCCCACAAUCUUUAUCAAUUAUCGCGAGCUUUAGUCAAAGUCCUUCUGCGUUACUGAUUAUUUUUUAGGUUUAAUUAAGAAUUUGACCAUUUCAUGGUACAAUUUGAUACUGCUUACCGUUUCUGUCGCUUUGUGUGUGUUCUCUAAUGAUUUCAUUUUAGUCAACCAGAAACAUUCCGUACUUGUUUCGUGAACUUUGGAAGGUUUUGAAGGCAAAUGUUGAAAUCGUCGUUGCCGGCGCGCGAAAUUCGCAUAUAUCCAAGUGUGGGAGAUGUGAAGGGAAAAAAUGUGGCCUUUUUUCUGAGCCUACAUCAACUUUGUUUUGGUAGGGGAAACCUUACAGCCACAAUCAAGGCAGUUGGAGUUUGAGGAUGUUUGGCUAGCUUCUCAGGUGGAGCCUCUUCAGGACAACUUUGAUGUGUUGGGUAGGUCCAGCGACGAGAUUUCAGAAGGGAAAGUUUCAAAAGAAACUGUGGUGCCGUGUCGUUGGGGGGAGGGAAGGGGGGGUUAACAAAAUAUUUGGUUAUUGUGUUAAUUGGCCACCGUAAGAGAGGUUCUAAAGCCGACGUUUCGAGCGUUAGCCCUUUGUCAGAGCGAAAGGACGAUGGACGCUCGAAAAGUCAGCUUGAGAAGAAACUCUUUACGGUGGCCAAUUUACAUUAUCAACAGAGUUGAUAAAACAAAAUUGUUUCUUUAGAAACUUACCCCCUUUAUUCGUGUCUAGGAAAGUUGCUUCUUGUGAGUUCAUUUCUGUUUUAAUUUGAAAUCUUUAAUUUUUAGAUCAAAAGCCGUUAUCAAAUCUCCUGCGAGGCGCCAUGGGCACAUUUCCAGUAUCGCAAGGUACAGUAUUAAGCAUCGAACUGGAUUGUUCAGAUUUUGUCUUCGUCGUAUUUAGAAAGAUCUGGAUUAUGAGAUUAAGACAUUUCAAAGCAAGAGAUGCCUCUUCUUGGCUUGAGAGAUCGUUUUGAUACCUGCACUCCCAGGCACAUUCCUUGGGGAAUCCUUGGCCUAUCCUCUCCCUUUCAAUGUUGUUCUGCAAGUGGCACAGAAACAUUGGCAAUUGACGACAUUGGAAGGGAGAGAGGGGUGAAAAAAUGCCAUGGGAGUAGUUCUGGAUAAGUGUCCCAACUAAUUAUGUCUAGGAUUGUGGCUAUUCCCUAUCUGAACAAAUAAACAUACAAAUCUUUUUUAUUGCUCACUUAAGAGAUAUUGCAGUGAAAUGAGAAAAUCAUUCACACGCAAUUUUUAACCAAGGUGUCUUAUACAAGCUGCAAACAACAACACAAGGUAGUAAGUCAUGGUGUCUUAAAAGCGUAUAACGUUUUUGUUAGAGUAAAAGUUGAAAAUAAAAUUGAUAAAUCAACAGGAUAUCAGUACAUGAACAGGCCUCGUGUUCUAAAAGUGUUGUGUUUUCCUUUUCCCUACUUUUGUUUCCUUUUGCAGAUUUCAAUGAACGUUCUUUAGCUUAUUUUGCGAGACAGCACUUGUUUCUUAUCUUUUUCUUUGAACUUUUGCGCGGGAAAUUGAGGCCGGCCAGAAUUUAUCUCCUUGCGCAUGUCCUACGUUUGACCGCUGUGUUGAAGUAACAAUACACCUAGUUGCUUGAUGCUUCGGAAACCGCGAUAGGUUCCGGCACUAUUUGACCAUUACGCUGGUGAGACGUGAACCUCCUUCCUCCUUAUUAAUGGUAUCUCGAAUUUCUAGUGACUCAUAAAUCUAAACCUGAAAGUAUAAAAGUCAGGGAAUAUUUUUGUUCUGUUUGCAGGCUCAGAUGCUGAUGAGAAUGGCACGGAUGGAGCGCGUCUGAUGUCACUUCCGGUUUUACUUCAGCGAUCUGUCAUGGCGCCUCUUAUAACCCAGUAAGUUGUUCGUUAGUUUCUAUUUGUUACUUUCAAGACCCUGUUUCCAUGGAAAAGAUCUUCAUUGGGAUUGAUACUUUGUCAUUCUCUGAAAAGAAAUUUAAAAUCCCAGUGUAUUUAAUGAGCUGAAGUACGCGCGCAUUUCGAUUGCAUUUCAUGAUCUGUUGGAGGACCGACGCAUAGAUGGCGACUCCAUUAACAUUUACACCAUUUUGCUUCUUUUUGAUAUAUAACGAAUGGAUUCUGUUAUGCAUUAGGUCUGUUUAAUAAUAGAACACAGAAGACAGCAAAACCUGGCCUGAACUUCAGUGAGACGUUCGGCUGCGCCUUGUGUGCCACUUUUUUUUUAUCUUACCACACUUUGACGCUCGACAACGUGGAAUCUAUCAGUUAGAUUUGUCGUCGUAUCUCAUUUCUCCUGCUCUGUGUAUAACAACGUAUUUUCCUUUCUUACUUUCAAGGAUAUCCUUGGUAAAUUCUGCUAUCGUGGCGUAUUUUAUCCAAGACUUGCACAUCAACAGACACUUUGAUCUGUUCAAGAAGCUGCUGUUCAUGGAGGACGGUGAAUUUUCUCUCUCACUUUCCAACCAGCUGUUUGAAAAGGUACUUUUUUGUCCCCUUUUUCCAUUCGGGAAAGAAAUAAGCCUGGUCUCAUAAUCUUCCCUCUUCAAAUACUUCAUGAUUGGCGUUUUAGCUGGUCAUGCAAUCCUCAUCUCUAAGGCUGUGACAACCUCAGAGCUGCAAUUUAUUAUGCAAUGUUUUUUUUUUUUUGUAACAGCUUGCCUCAGGGGUGUCCCCACGGGAGAUGUGUUCUGCCACAGUGAUGAACUCCAUUGUAGGGAAGGCCCUUCAAGUCUCCAUUUACUCUGAUACCACGGAGCAUGCGCAGAACCUCGCUUUUGCUCUUAAAAACAUGCCUGAGAUAUUUAAACCGAAUGGUAUGUCUAUUCCGUUCCAUUUAAGUGUUUUCAAUUCUUAACCAUUCCUGUUCUUUUAGAGUUAAGUUUAACCUUUUUAGUUUUUGUCCAGCCCUGCCAACUGUCACUUAAAGCAGGGUUCUCAAUAAAAGCAAGUUACUGUCGGUUUACCGCCGGCUGUAAGAUCGCGGACCACUUUAACGUGCGUGCAGGCUGUAGUAUUCGGUUACACCACCUGCAGCUGCUUAUGGAAAGAGUUAUUAAAACUACUGCUGUAAAGUUUCGUUCGGAUUUCGGAUUUAGAGCAAAUUUCCUCUGCUCGAAAAAUGCCUAAAUCGUCAUAAUGUUUCCUAUCUAAUGAUUUCAGAAUACAUAUAAAUAAAUAAUAUAAUGAAUGCAAGUUUCAUGUGAGUGGCCAAGGAAGACUGGAACUCCAACCGUACAAGGUGUGAUUGGUCCAAAAAGUUCGUGUCACCUUCGACCAAUCAAAUGCAAAACCAAAACCAACAGGAAUUUGCACCUUCUUUUUUCCCGCGCUCCAGGCAGUUGACGUGCUUUUUCUCUAACUUUUCACCGAAUCCUUGUGAUACUUCCUUUUGCCCUGAUUGGCUGAUAGAUUUCUAUGAAUUUGGUUCCAGGCUCUUGACCGAAAUACGCUCAGUACUUACAAUCUUAAUUUUUUUAUGUUCUUAUGUAAUAAUGUUUUAUCGGAUCUUUUUUAACUAGAAAUGGGGACCCUGGAUUUUCUAGAGUUGCGGUACAGAGUGAGUAGUCCAAGACAAAACAUCACCUUGCUGUUGUAAAUCUUGUUCAAGUUGUCCACUACAUUUUUUUUCUUCGUUUGUUUUCAUUUCAACUCAUCUCAUCUCAUCAGGUCGAUUGGCCCCUCAAUAUAGUCAUUACGGAAAAGUCUGUCGUGAAAUACAACAAGGUAAGAAAUCAUGUUUGGAUUUAUUUGAAAGAAAUAAAUUCUCUUAGGGCAAAGUAGUCCAAAGCUAAAUUUGACUGUUCUGACAGAACAGACCGUUUCCACGGAAACUACCAUAAUCCGUGUAUUUUUGGUAGCGAAAGCCGGCAAAUUCAAAAUGAAAAAGUUUGGUCUGAGUGUCAUAUGAUAAAAUACUUACUAAAUGAACUUGGAGUUGUUUUGAACAUAGGUGCGUGCUGUUAGAGGUGUCAAACUAAACCCUAAACUUUCUUUCAGGUAUUCUCUUUUAUGUUGCGGCUAAAACGUCUUUCGUGGGUCCUGCGGGAUAUUUGGUUUCAUUUGAAGCACGUUGGUAAGCUUAAAAAAAGUAAAUUUUCGAUUUUAAGUGGCAGACAGCUAGCGCCAGCUUUUGUUUUUCAAAGAGACGCUCGGGCAAAUGAAACACUUGUAAAGCAAUUUUUUAAAAUCAAACCACAAGUUGUGUGAAGGAGUUUCCGCUAAAAACCUAGCCUGAGCAUGCUCUCAUUAUUUGUAGUUCAAGUUAAAUUAUACGCAACGGAAAAUUUGUUUUCAGAUCAUGAUACUUUAAAAGGUCAAUGGGCAUUGUUAAAUUUUCUUGCUGACGACGAAUGUUCUUGUGUUACAGCCUACUCACGCAAUGUAGCCGGUUCGCCCCAACUUCGUCAGCUGCAGCUCUUCAGGUAAUUUAUAAGAACAUCUCUCAACCUUCUGUUGCAUGUUUCUAUGACGAAGUUUACCACUGAAAACGUUGUCGAAAACAACAGAUCUUUUUUUCGUGCGCUCUUCAGAGUGAAUGUAUUUUAUACCGUUUUGUAGUGUUCGUGAUGAAAGCGGAAUACAUAUUUCGUUUGAGUGGUGAUGUCCUGGUGUUUCUCUUGUUUGACCCGUUACAGCGCGCGCAAUCUAGCUGUGCGUGUCACCAAAGUCGCUCUGCUAUCUAUGAUGGUCCUUUACAGGCUCGCUCACUGCUGUUAAAUUCACUUCCACACUAUAACAGGACUGUCUGGGAACCUCGUGAAAGGGUAAUAAAGUGAAGUCUGCUCACUAGUCAAGUUACCCAUCCUGCCUACCUUACCUUGGUUCAAAUAGCAUGAAGCGAUAAGAAGUACCGCUAUUUCUCUUAGACUGAAUUAGUGUGUCGUUAAUUACAUCCUCUCUUCCUCUCUCUCUUGCCCGCCUUUUACUUUCCGGCGGGCAAGGAAACGCCCGCGCCGAAGCGAUUAGCUUGCUCACAAGCCAAUGACUUUCUCCAUGUUAGUUUUAGGCAUCCAGAGGUCGGCUGUUUUGGUAAAUUGAAGUGUUUCACAUUUUUUUACGAUGCUGUCAUCACGUCUUUGUUGUUUCUUUUUUCAGGCACGAAAUGCAACACUUUGUGCAUAAUCUUGAAGGAUACUUGUCAAAUCAAAUUCUAAACGUUACCUGGUCAGAGUUUCAAGAAGGUCUUCUAAAUGUAGGUGACUUGGGGAUGAUUUAGCUGCAUUACACUUUAUAAAAUAAGCUGAAUUAUAUGGGGGUUGUGAUUGGUAAAACGUUCGCCUUUUCACGGCCAUUCAUUAUAUUUUUUUCAGGAAAGAGAUUGCAUAGUUUAGAACGUGUACCAAACGUUAGUUUGGUAAACGUUUGAAAGGGCAAAAAGCGGUCUUCUUUUGCCAAAAAGAAAAUUCAGCUUUGUCGGUGCACACAUGCCUAAUCAACCAUACAAUUAGAAGGAAUAAGUCUAAAAUUAGCACCACUAAUCGACGUUACCACCAGCGCCUUUGUUGGGAAGCCUGGCAUAUCAACUCCGCCCACGCUCCUUCAAAUCGUGACGAUGGCGACUUACUACCUGACCCUAUUUACACCUCGUCAGAAAAAAAGAACAGCUAAUUAGUGAGCAUAUAAAAGGACCUCUUGUUGCAACGAUUAGAUCACCCCUGAUGAGGGCAACAGACAAAAGUGUCGAAACGUUGGGUCUAUGAAUUGUAACUUCUCGGUUACAUUAAUUAAAUCGUGAAAUCAGAGUAGCAUUAGCUAUGUCUGAUUUUCCGCCUGGUUGCUUUGUGGACUUCAAUAUAACUAAUUCUUGAUUUUCUUUAUCCAGGUAAGAAGCUUGGACGACUUGCACAACCAACACACGGACUACCUCCGAAAAGCCAUUUUCCGUUCCCUGCUCAGUCGAAAGGCAGCGCCUGUGAUGACCAUCAUUAGUGACCUGGGCACGCUUAUACUCAAACUGCGCACGCAGCUUUUGGCGUCCCCAUGGCAACAAGACCCUGGUACAGGGCACGUGACUCAUCCUGCUUAUGACAUCAUGUGUAAUACUCAUAAAGUAUUCAAAGAAUACUCUACCUUUCUCUUCACAGGUGAGAUGUUUCGGAAAAAUGAUUUUUUUUGUUAGUGUUUCUUCGUAUACAGUAUCAUUGGCUCGUUGUUAUAGCUUCCAUGUCUCUGAUUGGACGUUGUGAUGGUUUCUGUGUUAGUUUCAUAACACGUAAGAGAAAAGCACACAGAUGAAUUUUUUUUUUCUUUUGGUCAUCUGCGAAUCAGCGGUGGGUUCUUACUGCUGCACAAAAAGGGUGCAUUCGGCGUGCUGUGCUCUCUGAAUAAAGGUGUUCUCCUUAUUUUAAGCAGAACAGGAAAAAUAAAUUUUCAAACUGAUAGAGCAAUCCUUUACCUGUUGAAUCUUCAAGAAUUCCAAGCGAUUUUACGCACCAAUAAGAGAUACUACGGGCGGAAAGUUUUACCGGUUAUCGCCUUAAAGGAGAACACCAUUAUUCAGAAAAACCGCUUGAUUUAAAUCAACGCUAAUAUUUUUCUAAUUUUUUUUUCAGUGGUCAGUAAACUUGUUCGCAGAGGUUAUCAAUCGCACUUGGCCGACUUUCUACUAAGAAUCAACUUUAACAACUUCUACAAUGUGGAAUGAAUUCGUUACCACUUGACCUCGACGUCACAAACGAAUAUAUUCUUUUGAAUUGUGUUAUUUAUUAUGUAGUGCUUUGAGAGACGUAACAACCACAUAAAGCAGGACUGUAUUUGCAGGGCUAUUAUCUGAACUUCGCAAAGAUAUAGUAGACAGACUACUCUCGGACUACUAACAACUAGCGACUUUGAAAGAGAGAAAUAAAAUUUCUUAGGUAAAGAUAUGAAGCGAGAGAUGAAAGUCGUCUCGAUGGAUUAGAUAGACAUGAUCUACACAGCAGUGGGAUCUCUUUUAAGCUUAGUUUUUUUCUGAAUUGUCCUUAAAGUUACGUCAAAUUAAGGUCUUGGAUAAUCGUCUUGAAAGGCGUUCGCUCGAGUAAACUUUGACUGUCAAAAAAAUUCGGGAAAAUAAAGAGAUCCGAUCGGGCGGAUUGUGGUUUUUCCGUAUAAGUACAUAGCUCUCUUGCAACACACAAGAAAUGUGACAGGUUUUGCUCGUGUUUUUAGCACACAAAUUGUCGUUGAAAAGUGGCGUACUUGAUCCAUGCGUCUUGCAUGACGUUUAAAACGAAUAUGGAAACGAGCUCUUAGCUUUAAAUGACACGGAAAAACCUGUAGGUAACAGCACAAAUUAGAACUAACAUGAUUUCGAGUGAAAUUCGUGUUAAAAAUCGAGUAAUUCUAUCGAAGACCAAAUAUUUCACGAGCCCGUAGUAAAUUGCGAGUGCAAUUUGUGGUCUUUGAAAAUUUUUCAAGUCCCCCUUUACAAGAAAUUGCACUCGAAAUCAUGUUGUUACUUAGAAAUAAUAUACAUGAAAAAGGCAUCUCUCAAAGGCAAGGCAAACGAAAUUUUGACAGCGUGCGUGCUAUUUGUAAUUUGUAUUCAUGUUCCAGCUUUGCACUCGAGUUACACUGCACUCGGUUUCAGCCAAUCAGAAGCGCGUAAAUUUUUCGUGUAUAUUUUUAGUGUAGGUAACAACAUGAUUUCGAGUGCAGUUUGAUGUUAAAAAGCACACGUAAAUUUUUCAGAGACAACAAAAUUGCAUUUGUGUUACAACUUUGCACUCGUAUUACAUGAAAAAUGGACUCGUUUUCAGCCAAUCAGACGCACGUAGUUUUUUCAUACAUAUUAUUACACGUAGAUAGAGUGAAAUUUCGGAUCAAGUUACCGACGAUUACACACCGACCCGGCAAAUAGUAACAGGAAAGGCAAAUGAGAGGUUUGUAAGCAUGCUAAGCGCCAAAAAAGUAGAGAAAGCACUCGAUUACGUCUCGUGUUCCCCCUACAUUUGUUUUGUGCUCCAGCUGCUUGCUGCUGCUUUACAACAAAACAAAGCUUCUUUAUUUGUUAACGUUGUUGUUCUCGGCCAAAUAGAGGCUAAUUUUCACCAUUUCACAUCUUAUCUACACUCUGCUGUAGUUUUGAGAAAUAAAAUACAUCAGAUGAUGAGGUAAAAAAUAUUUCGCUUCAAGUUUUCAAUUUCUGAUUGGUCCAUUCUUUUUUGAAACCAAUGACUGGCGUCAAAUUCUGUGCAGAAGGCGUCUGACAGA